GCACCUCACAGCUGAAGCUUGUCGAGGUAAACUUCAGUCCUCGAAGCCAUCCUCGGAGUCGUUGCAGCGAAGAAGUGGAAGCUGAACCCGAGCGCACGGUAGCGUGCAAUAACGUCUCGUUCUUAUUUGAUGACCACCAUCCUGACCGUUGAAGAUCUAAGUACAUGUCUCGAACGCUAACCAUAGUCUUUCCAAACGUCAAAAGCCACCAUCCUAUAUAUAUGCAUCUCGCCAAAGCUCACCACCGGCUCCAUAACGAUCCUUCUGUGCUAUAUAGCCUAUACGGCCGCUUUUCUCUUCCGUCCAUCAUCACUCCCAUCACCUCAUCACCACUCUGCACGCUAUAUCACAACAACAUGUCGGAGCAAACUAUCUAUUCCGAGAAGCAGCAGUUGGCGAUGGAUCUCGAGAAGAAGCAACCUCACAACAACGACCUCGAGAGUCAAGACUUAGCAACACCCCCUCCUGCACGACCGGUCUUCCUGGUUCUGUGGCUGUUGUUCGUCUUUGGCACAGUCGCUACGAUAGUUUCCUCGAAUUGGAACAAGCCAGAGUCUCGCGUACAUGGCCAACACAUCCUCCAAAAGCCAACGAGUGUCAUAGCUACAAGUACAUCGCUACCAACAUCGGCACCAACAAGCACAUGCAACAACCUCACUCUCCGUCGUGAAUGGCGCAGCAUGAAGCCAAGGGAGCAGAGACGCUACCAGACUGCUAUGCGCUGUCUUCUUGAGCUUCCCUCCAAGAAUGACAGAACCGGCAGCAGACUCGGUGACUUCUUGUCAGCCUACAGCACCUCUGGCUGGCAUGCAACCCAAACCUCAGACUACCUGCCAUGGAACCGCUUCUUCAUGCACACUCUCGAGUCCGCUCUGCGCAACGAGUGUGCGUACAGAGGAGACAUGCCAUACCUGGACUGGACCGCCGUGCCCGCGGCCUCCGCCGAAUCAUCGGGUGCAACUUCAACAGCCGCACAAUCAUCACAAGCUGCCAUCCAUGAUGAGGCCGCGAAACAACAUCUCGAUGCCGCGCUCGUAUCCGAAAUCAUGUCUGCCGUCGAUUACGACGACUUUGCCCACGUCCUCGAAGCUCGUAUUACCGACUUGGCACCCUUUGACUUUUCGACCCCGGAACUACCUCAAGAUCCUCUUUUCCUGCACCAAAUGCAGGUCGAUCGUCUGUGGUGGCUCUGGCAACAGCAACAUCCCAAGGCUGAGAUGCCUGUUGAGGACGAGCGCGUUCGUAUCAGAGGAUUCGGCAAUUCCGUUGCCGUGAAGAGUGUUGCGACGACUGAAGGUUAUGACCUCUGUUAUCGCUAUGUGUAAAAAGUCUUGCGCUUUCAUGCUCCUCCUACUUAAUGUUUAUGACCCUAUAGAUCUGCUGUAUUUAGCUUUAUUCAUGACCAAUUCUGUAUCCACCAA